AUGUCUUUCCUUGUGAAACUCGGUCUACUACUCUGUUUAUUCGCGAGUUGGGCAUCAUGCUUCUCCAAGUUUUUACGCCCUCCGGAGCAGGACCCAGGUCAAGCAGUUGACCAGGACAUGACCAAGAACAGCCACUAUGAGGAUGGCGAAAUGAUUCCGAUCCUAUGGGACACCAAUAUUAAAAAGGUUGACCUCUAUAUUUGGCAAUUUAUUGACGCUCAAAAGAACACAACCGCUCGCUUGGAGGACAAUGGUACAUCUCCUUCCAGUGACUGGAAGGCUCAGUAUGAUAUUUCCAACGCAACCGAGAACAACGAGGAUUGCAUUUACUGGUUUACGUUAAUGGACAGCAAAUAUGGCGGGACACUAGCAAAGUCUCAAUACGUAAACGUCAGUGCGCCAAAAGCCGAGGAGACCACGACGGAUUCGUCUGCGAGCAGAGAGACAGAUUCUGCACCUGAGACUAGCUCUAAAUCUGGAUUGUCUCGCGGUGAAAUUGCCGGUAUAGCAGUCGGCGCUACAAUUGGAGGUCUGCUGUUUCUUGGGGGCAUUGGAUUGUUGUUUUGGAGAAGACGGAUGAGAAGGAAAAAUGAUGCGGUAGUGGCAGAGCUUCCUGGGAAUUAUGAGCAGGACCAGCCUCAGUCUGAGAGGCCGAAGAGUGAGCUACCUGCCGAGCCAGUGGUUUUUCCUGCAGAGCGGCCGAGGAGCCCUCCUAGAAUUUAUGAAGCACCAUGA